AUGGCGAACGGCGAUGCUUGCGCAGACUGUGAGCAAACGAAUGUGAAAGUCUGGCUUUGUUCAGCCUGCACCGGCAUUUCAUUCUGCGAUGGAUGCUGGCCACGACAGGCUGCUCACAAAGCAAAAACUCCGGGCCUUGGUGGUUGUGUUCAUACCAAAGAAGACAGAGCCACGAUAUUGAUGAUACGCUCAAUCCUGGAACCGCCAAUGGAUCCUCAAGAGGUUAGAAAUUUGCAUGUCAAAGACCAGGACUCAAGGUGGUUUGGAGUCGUCAAAUCCUCGGGGGGUAGAAAAUCCGAAUUUUGUGACUUUGGCCGUUAUGGCCAAAUGAUGAUGGAAAGUCGGCCACUCGGCGGCGCUGCCAGAUACCCGAAACUAGUCUCUUUCAUUGGAGACACAUAUGCUGGCAAAAGUACAAUCGUGAAAGCGCUCGUGUCUCAUGGCGGUUUGGUGUCCACCGAUCCCGGUCGAGAUUCUUUUCAUACUCCUGUCCCGGGCUCCCGAGCCAAUGAAGGAACGGCCACGUCUGAAGGCGUACACCUAUAUGCUGACCCAGAGCAUCUGGAGGUCGCAAUACCUAUCCUUUAUGCUGACUGUGAGGGCUUGAACGCCGGUGAGAAGAUCCCUUUUGCUGCAGAAGAUCCGUCCCAUUCCAGGAAAACAGCAAAAGAGGCAAGCGGGCAAAACAAACUAAAAAUGAGACUUGCUGGGAGGUCUGUUCCCAUUCAAUGGACAAAGGCCAACGAUCCGGUUAAGGGGACUCGAGAAUAUGCCGUCACCAAUCUUUACCCUAGGUUUCUCUAUACUUUCUCCGACGCUAUUGUUUUUGUCCAGAGAAAUCCCAACCAACUCCACAUCACUUACAAAUACCUCGUCGACUUUGCAAAGCGCAGUGUUGAGAAGUCGCUGAAUCAACCGAUUCUGCCCAGCGCCAUAGUUGUGCUCAACGCUGUUGAGGUGGCUGGUAAAGAAGAGAGAUGGACAAUUGAAGAUGCGACGAGGAGCUUUUUCCGAGACGUCCAAGGUAUCACAACUUCUGGCCAUGAUCUCAGAGAGCUCGCGAGGAAUUUUGCUUCCGAAAGUGAUUGCCGCAGCUUGUCUGCCCGUGAGUUGCUCAAAUGCUACUACCGAUCGGUACGCGUAAUUCGCAUCCCUGCGAAGAGCUCUGAAACGUACAACUUGAUCAACAAGCAAAUCUUGCAACUCCGAGAGGAAAUCAUCAGAGUCUGUCAAACCGCACACUACGAGAAAAGCAUAAAGCGACGGCUGGCCAACGCCGACGACUUGCAGCAAUACCUACAAGCGGGCUUCGAGCAUUUUGCCAACGACAUUGAAACACCGUUUGACUUCAGAACGGUGUCCACUCGUAAUAAACUCAUUGCCCACGAUUUUAGCGAUCAUAUUUUGACGUUGGCAAGAACCAUCCACGAAAGCACCCGUCACGAGCGUCUCCAACCGAAAAUACUUCUCGGGGGUCUGUGUUCGCUGAUAGCGUCGUGCAUUCUGUUGGACUACGUCCGGAACAACUUGCAGGGUCCCGUGAUUGAUUACUUCGCAAAAAACUACGCCCCAUUCUGCAGGACUGCCUUAUAUAGAUUUUGCAACGACAUUAUGUCUUGCGAAUACGCAAGCAAGAAAAUUCCUCACUGCUGUAACGUCAAGUCCGCCCACGACAAGGGACACCAGAAUGAGAGGGGUAAGAGAGAGAUUGGACCAUACAGGUCUUCACUUAUAGCUUCUUCAUAUGAGAAGGUCUGGAUCAAGAAGAUCGAAGACAAUCUGAAGGCGCUCAAUAGCACUUUUAUAAAAGAGCUUCGCACAAGGUAUCCAUUCCAGGGACAAGCUCGGACAAAUCUUUCCAACAACCAGGAAGUCUCCGUUUCGACAGACAUGAAACUAGUCUCACGACUACACGAAGAAAAACUCGCCGAAUUCUUCUCAUCCCAGAUCAAAUCUUCACGGGAUUUUAUUAGCUGUGUAAGCUGCUUUCGAUGUCUCAUGGCGACUCCUGAACAUGCACUCGAAUGCGGCCACAUCCUCUGCGGCUCUUGCAUUCGAGAACACGGAGAGGAACAAGACGACCUUAUCACUCUUGUCGGAAGCUGCCCUUUGCAUCGAGGAAAGAGGUCCAUGAACUGGAAAAUAAUCAAAAAGCCCGAAUUCGCAGGCCUGAGAAUUCUGUGUCUGGACGGCGGGGGAAUUCGUGGGGCUGUGGAGCUUGAGAUCUUGCGUGCGAUCGAGAAUUGCAUCAACAACUACCAUUCAACUCACGGCAUUCAGAUUCAACAAUUAUUCGAUCUGAUUGUGGGAACAAGCACCGGUGGCAUCAUCGCUCUCGGCCUGGUUGCAGCCCAGUGGCCCGUUUCUAAAUGCACACAUAAGUUCACGGCUCUUUGCAAAACAGCAUUCACAGAGAGGGAAUUCGCAGAUACAAUCUUCGAGAAACUGGCGACCUUAAACCACGGGAGCAAGUACAAAACCACACCCCUGCAUCAAGUUCUGCAAGAGUCCUUUCAUAACCACCUUCUGUUUGGGGGAAAAGGUAAUGCCGCUAGAUACGCCACGAAGGUAGCUGUGGUGUCUACUUCAGGUACUGGCAACCGAUCUUUAAUCAUGGCCAACUACAACCGACAGGAAACUUCUGAUCCUGGAUACACUUUGGAAACCGCGAGCGCACCGAAUGAAGCCUUUCGUGUCUGGGAAGCUGCCGCGGCAACCUCGGCUGCUCCGUCAUACUUCAAACCUUUUGUGAGGCGUGGAAGGACUUACCUUGAUGGGGCUAUCAAUCACAAUAAUCCAGUGGUUGUCGCGAAAAGGGAGCGGAGGUUGCUAUGGCCAGAUGUCGAAUCGCGCCAUCCGGAUAUAUUCCUCUCACUCGGUACGGGCCAACAUGCAGCAGAGAUGAGCCAGAAACUAAACAGACUUUCUGGUCACUCCAGGGAGGACCAAUUGAGAAGAAUGCAGCAAAAGGAAGGAUCUCAGGACUCCCGAAAAAAGUAUCGAGCCUGGAAAGGCAUCAAAAAUUACUUCAGCGUCCUAGUUGACAAAAUCGACAAUAUCCUUGAUACUGAAUGGUCCUGGCAUGAAUUCUACCGCGACACAGUCGGUGAACAGUGGGCAACGGAAUUUGCGUCCCGUUAUGUCCGCAUCAACCCUGACCUCAGAGAAAAGCCUCCGCCAUUAGAUGCAAAUUGGGAUGUGAAUAGGCUUCAACGAAAAGUGUAUAAGCUGCUCAGACAACCUCCACUGGCUAGGGAUAUUAUUGAAAUUGCGAACGCGCUUGUUGCCAGCACCUUCUAUUUCAAAAAGGACGAGUCUCACCUCCAUGGCGAUAGACAAAACCGGGUCUUUGUCUGCACAGGUGAGUCAAAGCGACUUGGAAGGAGGUAG